AUGAAUAGGGAUACCGUGAUUUCAAUAGCUGAUCAAGUAGCCAAAUUACCAACAAUAAAAUCAUUUACAUAUAUAUCAGCUUCAGAUGUGUUCCCAUGUAUUCAUCCUAGAUAUAUCACUACAAAAAGAGAAGCAGAAAGCUAUUUAUUUAGAAAAGAUGAAUUCAAGACAAUUGUCCUAAGACCUGGUAUUAUGUAUAAUCUUCAGCGACCUUCAGUUAUGCCUAUUGCCGGAGCACUUCAAUUAUUAAAUGCAAUCACAAGUCCAUUUAAAUCAAGUAUUUCAAGUUUACCUGGUGGAAAGUAUUUAACGACGCCGCCUUUACAAACAGAAGAGGUAGCAAGAGCUGUCAUUUAUGGAAUUGAAAGAGAAGAAUCUGGAAUAUUUGAUAUAGAAGGCAUUGAACGAUUAAGUCGUCAUCCUAUAUAA